AUGGAGGCCUUCUACCUCGACCUUCUCCGCUCCUGCGCGGCGCUGCCGCACGUCGCGGCCGUGCACGCCCACAUCGCGCGCGCCCACCCGACCGCCUCCCUCUUCCUCCGCAACUUCCUCCUCCACGCCUACUGCCGCCUCGGGGCGCCCCACCACGCCGCCCUCCUGCUCGACGAAAUGCCCCGCCGCAACGCCGUCUCCUACAACCUCCUCAUCGCCGCCUACACCCGCGCGGGCCUCCCGGGCCGCGCCCUGGCGACGUUCGCGCGGGCGCGGGCCGCCGCGGGGUUCAGGGUCGACCGGUUCACGUACGCCGCCGCGCUCGCCGCUUGCUCGCGCGCGCUCGACGUGAGGACCGGGAAGGCCGUGCACGCGAUGGCCGUCCUGGACGGUCUCGGGAACGGGGGGGUGUUCCUGUCCAACUCGCUCGCCAGCAUGUACGCCGCGUGCGGCGAGAUGGGCGAGGCCAGGCGCGUGUUUGAUGCCGCCGAGGAGCACGACGACGUCUCGUGGAACUCGCUGCUCUCUGGGUACGUCCGCGCCAGCGCACGUGAGGAGACGAUGAAGGUGUUCUCUCUGAUGUGCCACCAUGGCAUCGGGUGGAACUCGUUCGCGCUUGGGAGCAUCAUCAAGUGUUGUGCUUCUGGUGGUGAUGUUGGAGGGCACAUUGCAGAGGCAGUUCAUGGAUGCGUGGUGAAGGCUGGACUGGAUGCCGACCUGUUUCUUGCGAGCGCAAUGAUCGACAUGUACGCUAAGAGAGGCGCCUUGAUCAAUGCUGUCGCGCUUUUCAAGUUGGUGCCAGACCCAAAUGUGAUUGUUUUCAAUGCGAUGAUUGCAGGAUUCUCUCGUGAUGAAGCUGCCGUUGGUAAGGAAGUCAUUCGAGAAGCUUUGAGUCUGUAUUCAGAGAUGCAGAGCCGAGGGAUGCAGCCUUCUGAAUUCACAUUCUCAAGUAUUCUGCGUGCGUGUAACUUGGCUGGUGAACUUGGAUUUGGGAAACAGAUACAUGGUCAAGGUGUGUUCAGAAUGAGCUUUUUUGAGAAGGCACUGAGAUUGUUCCAUGAAUUAAUACGUUAUGGACUGAAACCUGAUCUUUUCACGAUGUCGAGCGUGAUGAAUGCAUGUGCCAGUUUAGCUGUUGCAAGGACCGGUGAGCAGAUCCAGUGUCUUGCCAUAAAAUCUGGUUUUAACCGGUUCACUGCCAUGGGGAAUUCCUUCAUUCAUAUGUGUGCUAGGUCAGGGGAUGUUGAUGCUGUGACUCGGAGGUUUCAGGAAAUGGAAUCACGUGAUGUUGUCUCUUGGUCUGCAAUGAUAUCAAGCCAUGCGCAUCAUGGUUGUGCGAGGGAUGCUUUACGCAUUUUCAAUGAAAUGAUGGAUGCAAAGGCGGCACCUAAUGAGAUUACUUUUCUCAGCGUCCUUACUGCAUGUAGUCAUGGAGGAUUGGUUGAUGAGGGACUCAGGUAUUAUGAAAUUAUGAAUAAUGAAUAUGGAUUGAGCCCAACCAUAAAGCAUUGUACUUGUGUUGUUGAUCUUCUUGGACGAGCUGGGAGGCUAGCUGAUGCUGAGGCUUUUAUAAGGGAUUCUGCCUUCCAUAAUGACGCUGUGGUUUGGCGGUCUUUGCUGGCCUCAUGUCGUAUUCAUGGAGACAUGGAGAGAGGCCAACUUGUGGCGGAUCGGAUAAUGGAUCUGGAACCCGCUUCCUCAGCAUCCUAUGUAAUUCUUUACAACAUGUAUUUAGAUGCUGGCGAGGUGUCCUUAGCUUCAAAAACUCGAGACCUGAUGAAAGAGCGAGGCGUGAAGAAAGAGCCUGGUCUUAGUUGGAUUGAACUAAGGUCUGGGGUUCACUCUUUUGUUGCCGGUGACAAGUCCCAUCCAGAGAGCAAUGCAAUAUACAAAAAACUGGCAGAGAUGCUUUCCAAGAUAGAAAAGUUGGCGGGCACUGAUAGUGCUAGCACAGAGUCAGAUGGCGUCUCUAGCAGGGAGCAGAAUUUGGUGGGUUGCCACAGUGAAAAACUAGCUGUGGCAUUUGGAAUGAUCCAUUUGCCACAAUCAGCUCCGAUUCGAGUAAUGAAGAACUUGAGAGUUUGCCGCGACUGCCACUCGACCAUGAAGCUGAUAUCCGGGAGUGAGAACAGAGAAAUAAUCUUGAGAGAUGGGAUUCGCUUCCAUCACUUCAGAGGCGGUUCAUGUUCUUGUGGGGAUUACUGGUGA